AUGGCGCGAAUGCCCACCAGUAUGGCAAAGAACCAGCCCAGAGAACACGCCAAACAGGCUGCAUCCGAGACUGCGGAUGAAAUUAUGUCUGAAGUAGAGCAGUUACGUCAACAAGCUGAUGUCAGUGGUGGAGGUCGCCGUACGCUUGAACAACUGCAAGACGAAGCCCGGACCCUUGGCGAGAAAGCGCGCGGUAAGAUGGAGCAAAUGAACGAAGCAGUUCGCGAUGCUGCGGCUUCUGCGCGUAAGAACACGCGGCUACCCGAAUCUGCUCCCGUGUCGACUGACGCGAUUAGCGAUACGGUGAUGGAUUCCUUAAAAACUGCGAGUGAGAAGCUCAGUGCAGAGAUAAGCGAUCUUGGCCAACGAGUGGAGAGCGUCAAAAAUCGCGUAUCGGAGUCGAUGCAAGCUGCCGGUGGAAAGGCAAAGGAUACCAUGCAAUUCGCUGGUGACAAGGCUAAAGAUACGUGGCACCAGAGUUCGGAAGCAGCAAAGAAUGUGGGUGAACGUGAAUAUUGUCUGCCGUUGCCAACGGAUCGCAUUUGCGCUCGGCAUGUUGCGCUUGUUGGCAUCCCUUUGGUGGCGCUGUUUCUAUUAAUGAUGAUUCGUCGUCGGUACCCUAAGAAGUGGAAAGCUAGUGUGAACAAGAUGAAGCAGCCAGGAAUGAUGUUGGCACGCGAAGUACCGUCCAGCGAGAAACUUAAGGCGAAGCUGCAAGGAGCUGCGGACAGUCUGGAAGAUACCGUUGAGUAUAGUAAGCAACGGGGCAAGGCAAAGGUUGACGAGGUGCGCAGCAAGUAUAAUCCCCCUGAGAACAAAAAGGAGCAGUGA